CUUGUGAAGUUUAAUCUAGGUUGAAACAGAUGAUACAGAAAGCACCGCGAUAACGCGAGAUAACUAUCCCUUUCUGCCACAUUGGCUCAUAGCUAAUAGCGACCAUUCUCUGAACAUAACCAUUAAUUUUCCUCCUCUCUCUAGGUUGCAUGCUGGUUCUUCACCGCCGUCUGUGGAAAGGGGGGAAAAAGGAAAGGAAAGGAAGCCGCAGCCUCUUCACUCAUCCUCCCCGGCAGUGAGCAGUGGCUUCCCGGGCGUCAACACAACAACCGUCGCUGGUCAAACAAAUGUCCGACGAGGAGCCAAACAUGUCGACUGGGAGGAAAACGGCGUUAAGUGAAAACACCCUCUUCGGGAUGGGAAAUCCCUUGCUUGACAUUUCAGCUGUUGUGGACAAAGAUUUCCUUGAUAAGUUCGGACUGAAGCCGAAUGACCAGAUCCUCGCUGAAGACAAACAUAAAGCCUUGUUUGAAGAAAUUGUCAAGAGGAGCAAAGUUGAAUACCAUGCUGGCGGUUCAACCCAAAACUCAGUGAAAAUUGCUCAGUGGAUGAUCCAGAAACCCCACAAGGUGGCUACCUUCUUCGGGUGCAUCGGUACCGACCGCUUCGGGGAGAUCCUUAAGAAGAAGGCCGAAGAAGCCCACGUCGACGCACAUUACUACGAGCAAAACGAGGAGCCGACCGGUACCUGUGCAGCCUGUAUCACCGGGGACAAUAGGUCCCUUGUUGCUAACCUGGCAGCGGCAAACUGCUACAAAAAGGAAAAACACCUGGACUUGGACAGCAACUGGGAGCUGGUGGAGAAAGCCAAGGUCUAUUAUAUUGCGGGUUUUUUCCUGACUGUGUCCCCGGAGUCAAUCCUGAAGGUGGCGAAGCACGCUUCAGAUAACAACAAAAUCUUCUGCAUGAACCUCUCAGCACCUUUCAUCAGCCAGUUCUUUAAAGAGCCCUUGAUGAAGGUCAUGCCUUACGUCGACAUCUUGUUUGGCAACGAGACGGAGGCGGCCACAUUUGCCAAAGAGCUGGGCUUUGAGACAGAUGACAUUGCGGAGAUUGCAAAGAAGACCCAAAACCUCCCCAAGGACAACGCGAAGAGACAGCGAGUGGUGGUCUUCACCCAGGGCAAGGACGACACUGUUGCAACUGUUGGUGAGAGGGUGACCAUGUUCCCCGUUUUGGACAUCGACCAGAACGAUAUUGUGGACACUAACGGAGCAGGAGACGCCUUCGUGGGAGGAUUCCUCUCUGCGCUGGUCCAAGAGCAUGCGUUGGAGGAGUGCAUCCGGGCCGGACACUACUCCGCCAACGUCAUCAUCAGACGGGUCGGAUGCACCUUCCCAGAGAAGCCAGACUUUCACUGAUGCAUCCAACCACUGCAUAUUUGUCAUAUCCACAAGAUACUUGUACAUGUAUGCUUCAGGAGUUUAUGUAAUUAUUUUCUAUUUACAGUAACCAACUGCAUGGGACUAAGUGCUGCAGCUUGAAUAUUUCACUCAAGCUGGAAUAAGCAACUCAGAUGUUUUAAUAUAAUUCAAACACUGUACUGGUAUCAGAUAUUGGAAUGAUAAUGGUUAUGUUUUAAAGGAACAUUCUGCUGAAAAUCUAUCUUUUGAGUAUCACAAACCAAACGCCUGUAGGUCUGAAAGGUGGAAGAAAGUGUCAGAAUCUAUCACCACGUGCAGAAACUUCCAUAUGUUCUGUAUGUUUCAAACUACAACAAAACACUCCACUCCACAAAACGCUCUGUUUCCCACUGAAGCGUUGCUGGAAGUACUGUAUUACAUUAUUUGUUUAAGCAGCGACUGAAGUUUGGUUCCUACUUGGGAAAAUGGAUCAUUGGUGAAGUGCAUUAUCCUGCAGGACAGAUUUCUAUGGACAUGUGGCUCUAAGAAGUUUAUUGUUCGCUCCUCCAUGAAGGACAGCAGCUGUAGUCAGCUUCGAGUUACAAUCGAUUUCUAAUGGUGACCCAGAGUCAUGGCCAAAAAAACAUAUUUAAACAUCCAUAGAAACUUCUCAAACCAUUACUGCUGCACAAUCCACUUUUAUUCGCUGUUGAUCCUCGUGCUGACUAUUUUCCAAACAAUUAUCGCUUUGCCAAUAAAUUGCUAAUUACACUACUUCCAUUGGAGCCUCUGAGCUGUGAGCUGGCAGUAGUGAGACACAGAAGUGGUGUAUUUAGUAAUGUAAACUAUGAGUGCCAUCCUUCACAAAGCAGCAAGCUGCAAACUUUUUAGAGCCUCUCAAGCCUACGGGGGGGUGAGUGUUGUGAUACUUGCAUAUUAUAAAUUAUAGCACAUUUUCAGCUGAGCGUUCCUUUAAUGUCGUGCUGCAGACUGUAUGGAUGGGGCGCUGUUACGGGCGGCUUCAAAAGUGACAUUUAUAAUUGGAUAAAACUGGAAAUAAUGUUUUUUUUUGUUUGUUUUUUUGUUAUUACACCAAUAAAACAAUCCUAAACUCA